AUGGGCAAGAAUUCGACGCCAGUCCCUGACGCUUGGGAGGAUGAUUGGGAGACCCAAGCAGACAAAAUGGCCAAUAAACCGGAACAGCCUGCACCACAAGCACCUCUAUCCAAGGCAGAGCGCUUAGCACAGCAUGCUGAGCAGAAUCGCAAGCUCUGGGAGUCUGCCGAUGCUCCGCCAACUUUCAACUAUUAUGAAACUAGCACCUCAGGAGUCUCUCUUAAUACCACUCCAUUCAAGCCCCAGGUCAAAGUCCUUAGCCGGAAGCCUGUCAUCGCUAAGCGUGAUGCUGCAGCAGGCAUGUCCGGGCUCUCGCUCGACGACGAGAAUGACCCCAAGAAGGAAGUACCGAUGAGCCCAGAGGAAAUUCGAGCGAAGCAGAAGCGUGACAGGGAGGAGAAGCAACGUCGGUAUGAAGAGGCCAGAGCCAAGAUCUUUGGAGAAUCAAACCCAUCAUCGGGAGCCUCCUCACCUGGCGCUGUUACCCCGCCAAAAGCUGAUGGAUACACUGGCCGCGGCCGUGGGCGAGGAAGAGGUGGUUACAGAAACAACGAAACCCGUCAAUUCGAGAACCGCCAACCAGAUAGUCGUGGCUUUGAUGCUCCGCGCAGAAUGCAGAAUGUGUCAGGUUCAGGGCGUGAGUUGUUCGACCCAAACCACUCACCAAAGCCUGAACAGGUAUCACAAAGACGUCAGCCAGAAUAUUCAUCGCCUGGAAGAAGCACGACUCCUCGGGACGGACAGCAGCAAACACAGCCGCAAGCACCAAUUCGAGCACCUAAGGGGCCGGAUGGAACUGGCCGAGGAGGUUUCGGCUUUACUCAACGAGGUGGUAAGGGCAGUUGA